CACCGUUAUCACGUAUUAACGUAAGCUUCUAAAUCAUUGAGUACCUAAGUUAUUUAACUAACUAAAUAGAAUUUGAAAAAUGUUGUUCUUAAACUAUUAAUUAAAAAUCAAUUAGUCGUUAAAUCAAAGUGCAGAUUAAGCGUUGUGUUCCCCCAUUCGCGAUCUUUGUUUAGUUAUUUUCGUUGCGCUCGAAUAUGCCAAUUGGUUUAGUAGUAUUCACUAUUUAUGCGUAACACGUCGCGUAUACAACAUUCUGUAUUAAAUAACCAUCACGAUGGUCGAGACUAAAAAGAAGAACAUUUGUGUUGUGGUUUUGGGUGAUAUAGGCCGGAGUCCGCGAAUGCAAUACCACGCACAGUCGUUGAUACGCGAAGGUUAUAACGUGGACAUAAUUGGGUACACCGACAGCCCUAUACUGGAUGAUUUAAAAGAAAAUGCUACAAUUAUCGGCGUCAAGAGACCAUUUCCGUUCGAUGAAUAUGUGCCACGAACAGUAGCAUUUAUCUUCAAAGUCGUAUGGCAAACGUUGACAUUAUUUUGGGCGAUAUCUGUAAAACGAAAAUCUAAUAUUGUUCUUGUUCAAAAUCCACCGGCUAUUCCUACUCUUGCUGUUUGCUGGUUUUACUGUUUACUUUUCAAUGCAAAAUUUAUAAUCGAUUGGCACAAUUAUGCAUAUUCAAUACUUGCUUUGUCUUUGGGCACUGACGCACCACUGGUAAAACUUUCUUUAUUAUAUGAACAAUUUUUUGGUAAAUUAGCUGAUACUAAUUUAUGUGUUACCAAAGCGAUGAAAGAAGACUUAGAUAAAAAAUGGAAUAUUAAAGCUACGACUUUGUAUGACCGUCCAGGUCCACAGUUUAAAACAAUUACAUCGAUCGAAAAACAUUGUUUCCUAGAAAAAAUGAAUUUAAAUGAAUUCACUGAGAUAUCUGAAUCUGGUAAAGUACAAUUAAAGUCCAAUCGACCAGGUCUACUUGUGUCUAGUACUAGCUGGACUCCAGACGAAGAUUUUUCCAUUUUAUUUAAAGCAUUACAAAAGUAUGAUGAAAGUGAUGAUAUUUAUCCAAAUCUAAUUUGCAUUAUCACGGGAAAGGGCCCUUUAAAAUAUUAUUAUCAACAAAUGAUUUCAAAGUUAAAAUGGAAAAAGGUGUCAAUUAUUACACCUUGGCUCGAAAAUAAAGAUUAUCCUAUUCUCUUAGCGUGCGCUGAUCUUGGCGUAUGUUUACACGCCUCCUCAAGUGGUCUAGACUUGCCUAUGAAAGUGAUAGAUAUGUUUGGAGUCGGUUUACCCGUUUGCGCUUACGAUUUCAAAAGUUUGAAUGAAUUGGUUAAACACAAUGAAAAUGGUCUUGUUUUUUCUAAUGACAAGCAGCUUACAUUACACAUCAUGACAUGGUUUAAAAACUAUCCUUUGCAGGUUUGCGAAAAAAAACAGAAUUUUUGCAAAAACAUUGAUAGUUUUCGAAAAGUUGAUUGGCACAAAAACUGGAUGAUUAAUGCUCAUCCAUUUUUCUAUCCAUGAAGAAUGAUAUCCAUCCUAUUUAGAGUAUUCAUAAUUAAUCGUAAAUUGUUUUUAUUAUUCUAAAUAUUUAAUUUUUAUAACGUAAUAUUGUAGUAAUGGUAUUUUUCAACGAUAUAAUGAAAUUAUUUAAAUU